AUGAAGAGACACCCACAUCCAUACCCUCUUCUGCUACUCAUAAUCUCCAUUUCAACUCUCUUCGAAUCAGCAUCCGCUGUAGAUUUCGUCUUCAACGGCUUCAAUUCCUCUGAUAGCUCUUUAUCCAUUCCAAAUCCCGGCAAAAUCUCCGAAUUCCUCCCAUGUGGUUCCUUUUUCCACCUCGUUCAUCUUCUCCAUGGCAUCGUUUUCCUCUUCGCACCAGUCACUGGCAUCGAAGGUGCCUCUUCUUCUCAACAUCUAGGCUUUCUCAACCGUACCAACGAUGGGAAUCCGGAUAACCAUGUGUUUGGCGUCGAGUUCGACGUCUUCAAAAACGAAGAAUUUGGCGAUAUAAGUGAUAAUCAUGUUGGCAUCAACGUCAAUUCGCUCACUUCUAUUAGCGCACAUGAGGCUGGUUAUUGGUCCGGUAAUGGGAAAAUGAGCAGUAGCGAGGAAGAUGAGACGUCAUUCAAGAGGCUGAAGCUGAAUGAUGGUAAGAAUUAUCAAGUUUGGAUUGAUUACUUGGAUCUUCAUAUCAAUGUUACCAUGGCUGUGGCUGGCAAGAAGAGGCCUCAACGCCCUUUACUGAGUGUUGCUCUUAAUCUCUCUGAUGUUUUUCUGGAUGACAUGUAUGUUGGCUUCACUGCUGCAACCGGCAGAUUAGUUGAAAGCCACAGGAUUUUGGCUUGGAGCUUUAGCAAUUCGAACUUCUCCCUGAGCAGCGAAUUGAUUACAAAGGGUUUGCCAUCAUUUGUUCCUCCUAAAAAAUGAUAUUUCAGUCCAAAGGGUUCAUCGUUGCUGAUUAGGUGGAAGACUUGGAACCGUCCAAGUCUUCCAGCGCCUCUUAAUUUUCCUACCUCUUUAAUUUUCGACUCUUCUCAUAUAUUAGGGUACACCAAUAAUAUUACAGUGUACCUUUUUUUACCAUCAAUAAAUCAAUCAAGUGGUGGUAGGCUUAUCUUCACACUCCGUUGUUUGUGCCGGAAUCCCAUCUACUUAUACUCUUGUAAUUUGAUAUCGAUUAUUUGCACUCGCAUUCAACGACCUACAUUUUACCAUAUUUUAAUCUAAAUUUGGAAUGUGAUACAUACCAUUUUGGUAC